AGGGUGGGCUCGCGGGGACGGUUUCCGGGUUUCCCUUCCUGGGCUGGGGCAGCGGCAAGAGGCAAAAAGGCUCCUGUCGAUUAACAAUCAUUCAAAGUUACGUUCAGGCUUGUUGAUCCAGUAAACAGCAGAGAUGUCUCAGUCUGGAGAGAAAGGGAAGUUCCCCGAUGCAACAGGUUAUGUUGGGUUUGCUAACCUCCCUAACCAAGUGCACCGGAAAUCAGUGAAAAAAGGGUUUGAAUUCACCCUAAUGGUUGUAGGGGAGUCUGGCUUGGGGAAAUCAACACUUAUAAACAGCUUGUUCCUCACUGAUCUGUACCCUGAACGUUGCAUCCCUGGUGCCGCAGAGAAGAUCGAGAGGACGGUGCAGAUUGAGGCAUCAACCGUGGAGAUCGAGGAGAGAGGAGUGAAGCUUCGCCUCACAGUGGUUGACACCCCUGGAUACGGCGAUGCCAUCAACAGCCAGGACUGCUUCAAGACCAUCAUCCAGUACAUUGACAAUCAGUUUGAGCGAUACCUCCACGAUGAGAGCGGGCUGAACCGAAGACACAUUGUGGACAACAGGGUGCACUGCUGCUUCUACUUCAUAUCUCCAUUUGGACACGGUCUGAAGCCUCUGGAUGUGGAGUUCAUGAAAGCUAUCCACAGCAAAGUAAACAUUGUUCCAGUCAUCGCCAAGGCUGACACACUGACACUGAGGGAGAGGGAUCGCCUGAAGAGAAGGAUCCUGGAUGAGAUUGCAGAGCACGGGAUCAGAAUCUAUCAGCUACCUGAUGCCGACUCUGACGAGGAUGAAGAGUUUAAAGAGCAGACCAGAGUCCUGAAGGCGAGCAUUCCCUUUGCUGUGAUUGGCUCCAACCAGCUGAUUGAGGUGAAGGGGAAGAAGAUCCGCGGUCGCCUCUACCCCUGGGGAGUCGUUGAAGUGGAGAACCCCGAUCACAAUGACUUCCUCAAACUGCGCACCAUGCUUGUGACCCACAUGCAAGACCUGCAGGAGGUCACUCAGGAUCUGCAUUAUGAGAACUUCCGCUCAGAGAGGCUGAAGACAUCGGGAAAGGCUGCGGAUGAGGAUGAGGUGGAUAAAGACCAGAUCCUGCUACAGAAAGAGGCCGAGCUGAGACGCAUGCAGCAGAUGAUCGCUCAGAUGCAGGCACAGAUGAAGAUGAAAUCAGACGAGUGAAAGAGUUGCAGCAGAAGGGACACACACUGAUCCCAACCCACCCACACAAUUAUAUAUGUAUACACACACACACACACACACACACACACACACACACACACACACACACACACACACACACACACACACACACCUCUAAAUCCAUCCCUGCCUGCUGUCGCGCUGCAGAUCCACAGAGAGAGCAAAUAUCUAGGAUCACAUCAUUUUUGUAAGCACACCUCUUUCCCUUCUCAUGCUCUUCUUCUUGUUCCCUCCAAACCUCCGUCAUUAUAAUGAAUACAUCCACUAUUUAGUCUUUGAUUCUAUGAAUAACUCCACAGAGCCGUGAGUGACAAUGGUACUAAGAGUUUUUGCCAACACACUGUCAUGUUUACAAAAGUAUAUAUGUAUGAAUUAUGCAUUUCGCUCAAGUCCAAGCUUCAGAUGGCAUAAUUUUCCAUUUUGUUAUCAGGGUAAGACUGUUUUGAACGUAUUUAACUAACCAUUUAGUAAAGCUGUUUGCAACUCAUAUUCAUUUUUAGAGUGAUCCUACGAGUGAAUCAGUAGCCUCUCGAUAGGUUCAGUGCCUUGAUUGCGUCUGAUAAUGCAAUAACUAUAAAUAUUACUACAUUUUCAGAUAAGUGUGUUUAUAAAUGAGGUUUUCUGUCUAUGCAGAGAACGAGAAAUGCUUUCUUCUUAAUUGUUUUCAACUUUUGUAGCCAACGUUACACACCUACUUCUAAAGUUGACUUUGCUUUAGGCUGGAAAUCUACUAUAUGCAAGUAACCAAACUAAUUGAGUUAGAAUAAGAAACAACACGGCUUUAGGAUCAUGUUAUAGCUGAAGUAAAAUGCCAUGUUGUUAAUAUUUUUGUAUUUAUUAUCAAGAGAUGCAGGAUCUUUAAAGUCAGUGCCAAACUACAGACUGUUCUUACAUUAUUCACUCCGGUAACUUAAUGUGUGCAUAUUUGCUUCAGUGAUGUCAUUUAAUGUGUGAACAUAUUAUUUGUACGCUACAUGUGCAGCCUUCCAUCACUCUGUAUUUUGGCUGUCCAAUUUGAAAUCAAGUACUUAAUAUCAACAUACUUAAAAUGUACCUCUUAUAUGUGUAAACAUCUUUUGUUUAGCAGCGCCGUCUAACUGUGCUUUUAUUGAUCUGAUGUUGGCAUUAUUGUUUUUUCCAGUCUAUUGCUCUUAUAUGCAAAUCUGUCUAUUGAACUUAUUUUAAACACACAUACCUGCUAUAUCUUAACUAUAUCUCAGUAUAGACUUGUUUUUAAGACGUAAACAUGUUUUUGUAUUUCUCUCUUGAAUACAUUUGUUAAGAGAAUAAAAAGUUGACAGUUGUGAAAUCUG